GCCUACCUUCUCCGCGCAGCCGCAUUGUGCGCCGGCUCGGCUUUCGCUUAGUUACUGGCCGCACUACAGCAACCGAGAGAGAAAGUCUCCGACGGUCAGCCUGCCCGCCCCUCCCCCACACGCAUCCCGCCGCCGCCGCCGCCGCCGCCUCUCCCCCUCCCCGCACGUUUCCUCUCGCUCGCUCCCUCCCUGCCGCCGGUCCUGCGCAAACUGGGGGGGGGAGGGGAGUUGUGCCCCGCCCCCACGAGGCCUGACGACAGAGGGGGCGGGGAGCCCGCCAGCCAAUGGCAGGGCUCAGAGGCCCUGGCUCCUCCGAGCUUCCGCGAUCGGGCGGGGUGACUCGGCGGCGUAGCAGCGGCAGCAGGUUCCCGGGCUGUGAACUGCGACGGCAGCGGCUCGGCCCGUGUCUCCGCCAUGGCCUACCCGGGGUUCGGAGCGUAUGGAGGUUACAGUGGUCAGAUGCCUGGAAUGCAAAUGACAGUGGGACAGCCAAUGCCAGGAGCAGUACCAAAUAUGCCUCAUGGAGGAUACUCUGGAUAUUCUGCAUAUUCUGGUACUUAUUCUGCUGCUGCUGACCCUAUGUGGACUUACUUCGCUGCUAUCGCUGGACAGGAUGGUGAAGUGGAUGCAGAGGAACUACAGAGAUGCUUAACACAGUCUGGAAUCAGUGGGACCUAUUCUCCAUUCAGUUUGGAAACCUGCAGAAUUAUGAUCUCCCUGAUGGAUAGAGAUUAUACAGGAAAAAUGGGAUUUAAUGAAUUCAAAGAACUCUGGGCAGCUCUUAAUGCUUGGAAGCAAAAUUUCAUGAUGAUUGAUCAAGACCGAAGUGGAACCGUAGAACUUCAUGAAUUGGGUCAAGUCAUUGCAGCUAUGGGUUACAGAUUAAGCUCGCAAACACUAACUGCUAUUGUAAAACGUUAUAGCAAGAAUGGCAAAAUCUUUUUUGAUGACUAUGUGGCUUGCUGCGUGAAAUUACGGGCAUUGACAGAUUUCUUCAGGAGACGAGACAACAUGCAACAGGGAUACGUGAAUUUUGUAUAUGAUGAUUUUUUGCAGUGUACCAUGGCAAUCUGAGUGGAAGGCUGCUGAAGGAUAUAGACUCCGACCUGUGAAGUCUUCUGCCGAGAAGAAAUUAACUGAACCUGCUGUGAAUUGAAGCUGUAGCAGACUUUCCCCAUCUUUCUGCCCGUUAAGACAUCCACUUUGAAUAAAUGUUUUGAUUUUAGUGCACCAGUUGAGAGCAAUAAUUUUUUUCAUUUUAUUUUUCAAAAGCAUACUCUUCAUAGGUACAUGCAUAAUUCCAGACGAGUACCCUAUUGUUAUGCACUCAAGACUCAAACAUUUUGCUUGUAACGGUUGCAAGCAUAGACCAUUUCAUUUUUAUAUGUAUUUAGACUGCAUACAUGAGCAGAAUAUCUGACAUCCUGGUUUUUAAUCUAAACUAAUAUAGGUAUUUCACGUGACUAUCAAAGUGGUAGUACAUUUUCAGAUGUCAUAUUCUGAGGAAUUCCAGUUGCUUGGUGACACUAGUUCAAUAUUCCACCAGAAACGCAACUUAAAACAAGUUAUUAGGUAAAACUCUCCAGACUCGUUGCAAUAGAUUUUUCUAAGGCAGACUGUUACAAAUUGUUCUUCCAAGGAUUUAUUUAUGGACAGUUCUUGUUGAGUAAAAGUUGAGACCCUCUCUUCUAAUCAACAUGCAGAAAGCAAA